CGCCCGCAGGUGCCCCUCUGCCUCUGCGGCGGGAAGGGCACGGGGGCUGCCUCCAGGCGCUAGAAACCACCCGGGCGGGCGGCGCGGUAGCGCACCGCUGGGCAGGAGCGGCGGCCGGCGCGGCCUCCCCUCCCGUCAGGCGGCCGUCAGCCCCGUCACCCCCGCCUCCCGGUGGUGGUGCCGGCGCCGGCGUGGUCGCGGGGCGGGCCGAGCCGAGGUGAGCGGAGCGCGCCGCACGCCGCUCAGCGCGAAGAUGGCAGCGGGGGAGCCGCAAGCCAAGAAGCUCAAGCUGGAGCAAAAGCAACUGAGUGAAAAUGUCCUGUUCGGAAUGGGAAAUCCUCUGCUUGAUAUCUGUGCAGUUGUAGACAAGGACUUCCUUGACAAGUAUGGGCUGAAGCCAAACGACCAAAUUUUGGCAGAGGAGAAGCACAAAGAACUAUUUGAAGAACUUGUGAAGAAGUUCAAAGUAGAAUAUCAUGCUGGUGGUUCUACUCAGAAUUCCGUUAAAGUCGCCCAGUGGAUGAUCCAGAGCCCUUACAAAGCUGCAACUUUCUUUGGGUGCAUUGGCAAAGAUAAAUUCGGAGAGAUCUUAAAGAAGAAGGCUGAAGAAGCUCAUGUGGAUGCCCAUUACUAUGAGCAGAGUGAAGAACCAACGGGAACUUGUGCUGCCUGCAUCACUAGUGAUAACAGCUUCCAGUUGCACUGCAGAGAGAAAAAAUGUGGGAGACAAAAGUUGGUUAACAGGUCUCUUGUAGCUAACCUUGCUGCUGCUAAUUGCUAUAAGAAGGAAAAGCAUCUUGAUUUGGAGAAGAACUGGAAGUUGGUGGAAAAGGCCAAAGUUUAUUAUAUAGCAGGAUUCUUCCUGACGGUGUCACCAGAGGCAGUAUUAAAAGUGGCUGCUCAGGCUUCUGCAAACAACAAGAUCUUCAGCUUGAACCUUUCUGCACCAUUUAUUAGCCAGUUCUACAAGGAGCCCAUGAUGAAAGUCAUGCCUUAUGUUGAUGUCCUUUUUGGAAAUGAGACGGAAGCUGCCACUUUUGCUAGAGAGCAAGGCUUUGAGACUGAAGAUAUUAAAGAGAUAGCCCGCAAGACACAAGCCCUGCCAAAGGUGAACACUAAAAGGCAACGAAUCGUAGUCUUUACCCAGGGGAAAGAUGACACUGUAAUGGCUACAGAAAAUGAAGUGACUACUUUUCCUGUGUUGGUGAGUGAUCAGAGUGAAAUUGUGGACACCAAUGGAGCUGGAGAUGCAUUUGUUGGAGGCUUCCUCUCACAGCUCGUCUAUGACCGGCCAGUGACCGAGUGCAUCCGGGCUGGACAUUAUGCAGCCAGCGUAAUUAUCAAGCGUUCAGGUUGCACCUUCCCAGAGAAGCCUGACUUCCACUGAUACUGGUGAAUUGGAGGGAUCAAGAGUAACUCCCACGUUGCCAUGGGAUUGCUGCCUAAAUUUUUCCUCCUUCCCUUUCCUCACCUUUCCAAUUACCUGCAUCAACGCUUCUGUACUUCUCUUCGUUGUAUUCUAACCAAAAUAUGUGUUUCUACAGUGUUUUCCUUUUCAUACCACUACAAUGUCUCAGUAGUCUUAACUUUUGGAAACAGUGCUAAGUGAAGCUUAUUCUCUCAUCCGUCAGGAAAAAUUGUUCCAUUUAUACAGUUUACAAGGAAGUCCCUUGUAAAUGACAUUGCUGAUUAACACCAAUAAAAUACUUUGGUUGAAUUACCUAGUUUGUAUCCAGCUGUGGCCAAAUCCUGCUCAGCUUAAAGGAAGUCACUUAG